GGGGCGGCCCGUCUCAGAGCGUGUGGGGGUGUCCGCGGAGCGUCGCCCGGGGCUCCCGUCGCCGGUGCGGCCGCCCCGCGUCCAGCUCGGGGUGCGGAGGUGCCCCCUCCUCUCGCCGGGGAGGCCGUGCCCGCCUCCGGGCUCGGGCCGCCGCCUCCCCGCGUUUGCGGACGGGAUACUCGGGUCGCUCGCACACACCAGCCGCCGGAAUGGGGGCCGCUCAGUUUGGCUCCGUCUGUGGACAAGGCAUCUUCUGCAGAGAUACAGCUGCCCACUAGAGUGAGGCCCAAGUACCGCCUUGGCCCAGGAUGGCUAGAGAAUCCAAGGAAGGCACAGCCUUGGACGACCAAUCUGCAGAGAACCAGAUCGGGCUUCUGGUCAUAAAAGUGGAAGAGGAAGCGGCCUCUGCCUUUGUGGAGGGGGCCAGCCCUGUUCAGGGUUCAGAAAACUCCCGCCGGCGCUUCCGGGGCUUCCGCUACCCCGAGGCCGAGGGGCCCUGCGAGGCGCUGAGCCGGCUCCGGGAGCUCUGCCGACGCUGGCUGCGGCCCGAGACGCACAGCAAGGAGCAGAUCGUGGAGCUGCUGGUGCUGGAGCAGUUCCUGGCCAUCCUGCCGGGGGACCUGCAGGCCUGGGUGCGGGAGCGGCACCCGGAGAGCGGGGACGAGGUGGUGGUGCUCUUGGAGUAUCUGCAGAGGCAGCUGGAGGAGCCAGGGCCGCAGGUCCCAGGUGGUGACCAGAGGCAGCUACUCUGUUGCAAGAUGGCGGUGCUGACACCAGCUCAGAGGCCAUGGAGUACCCAGUUCCAGCCAAUGAAGGCUCUGCUCAAGCAUGAAUCUCUGGGGUCCCAGGCCUCAGCAGACAGGGUUCUCCAGGUUCCUGGGCUUGCCCCGGGAGGGCGCUGCAGAGGAGACGCAGUGGUGGCUGCCAGGCUGCCCUCAGAGCCCCAGGGCUUGCUGAAAACGGAAGACGUGGCCCUGGCUUUCUCCCCUGCAUGGACACAGCUGGAUUCACCUCGGGGGAGCUUCCACAGAGAUGAAAGGCAGCAGAACUGUGGCGGCCUGACCCCCCUGGGCGGUAACAUGCAGGCUGAGAUCACAGACCUGCCCCCAAAUGAGGAACAUCCAGGACAAGAGCCUGGGGAAAUACCGUGCCACUUGAGUGAAGACAUUGCCCAGAUUCCUGCCUGUGUCGAAGCUGGUGAACAGGAGGGCAGGUUACCAAGAAAGCAGAAAAAUGCCACAGGAAGUAGGCGGCACUAUUGUCAUGAAUGUGGAAAGAGUUUUGCUCAGAGUUCGGGCCUGACUAAACACAGGAGAAUCCACACUGGUGAGAAACCCUACGAAUGUGAGGAAUGCGGCAAAGCCUUCAUCGGGAGCUCUGCCCUCGUCAUCCAUCAGAGAGUCCACACUGGGGAGAAACCAUAUGAGUGUGAAGAAUGUGGCAAGGCCUUCAGUCACAGCUCAGAUCUUAUCAAACACCAGAGAACCCACACUGGGGAGAAGCCCUAUGAGUGUGAGGACUGUGGGAAGACCUUCAGCCAGAGCUGCAGCCUCCUAGAACAUCACAAAAUCCACACGGGGGAGAAGCCGUAUGAGUGCACCCUGUGUGGUAAAGCUUUUAGGCGGAAUUCACACCUCCUGAGACACCGGAGGACCCAUGGCGAUAGAAACGUGCAGGAUCCUGAACGUGGAGAGACCUGGGAGGGUCAGGGGAGGGUGGAAGGCCAGUGGGAAAAUGUUGAGGCUCCCGUGUCUUAUAAAUGUAACGAGUGUGAGAGAAGUUUCACUCGGAACAGAAGCCUUAUUGAACACCAAAAAAUCCACACUGGUGAGAAACCCUAUCAGUGCGACACAUGUGGAAAAGGCUUCACCCGAACUUCAUACCUUGUUCAACAUCAGAGAAGCCACGUCGGGAAAAAAGUUCUAUCACAGUGACCCACGUCGUACGUGGCAGAGUUGGUGCUCAUUCCUCAUUGAACCGAAGCCACCCGCAGCCCUUCCUGACCACAGAAACUGGGCUGGGCUUUAUUGACCACUUCCCAUCAUCUUGUGUUAGGAGACACAGAGUCCGGCUGAGAUGGAU